ACUAAACUGUCGCGAUCAGCUGUGUUAUGAACGUCGCGCCAUCGCUGUGAGGAUGUGCCGGUGAAUCCCCGAAAUAAGAAAACCAAUUGCGAUGAGGACUGUUGGCCUGGGGGAACCACAGACCAUUUAUAAAUUCGCAUUGCCAGUGGGCUAUAUAGUUUAUCUUCUGUAGUCUAUGCUAUUGCAAACCGUCUACUGUACUGAGUACUGUUAGUUUUUUUGAGUAAAAGUUAUUUUGUGCCUUUGUGGUGUUCCUUUUUUGAAAAAUGUCGUCUACUGGAAGGAAGAAAGAUGUCAUUUGGUCGUAUUUUGAUGUUGUUAAGGAUAAUAACAAAAAAUCAGUGACUGCUAAAUGUAAAAAAUGUAAAGUAAUUAUGGCUGGACUAGUGCAGCAUAUGAAGAAACAUAUCCAGAAAUGCGUUCCAUCUGAAAAUUCUCAGCAACCAAUGUCAACUAUAUAUGACUCCGAUCCAGAUGAGGAUUUAACGCUAGCUGAGAAAUUUGUGAACGCUUGUAUGCAAAAUGUUUUAAAUUUUCCAAUUUUUCUUAUGUUCCUAAUUCCUAUUAUUAAUGAAUAGAUAAUUAAUAUGUAUUAUGUACUAUGUACGUAUGUUAAAAAGUUUGUAUAAUGUAUCUCAGAAUUUUUCCUAUUUUC